UCCCCCCGCGCUCCGGCAGUGCGGGAGCGGCGCUGGGGCGAGCGCGGCUCCCGUUCCUCCCGACCGGCCUCGCUCUCCUCCCUCCCCUUCUCCCCUCCCUCCGUUCCCUCCCUCGCCCUUCCCGCUCCGUUCCCGGCAGCGGGGAGGUCUCCAGGCCUCGGUGGAGGCGGCGAUGGGGAUGGCCGGGUUUUUGUCGCUGCGCUGCCCCGCCGGCUGCUGACGCCGCACCGCCCGCGUCCCGCGGACACCCCGCGCCAGAAAACACCAACAGGAAGGAUAACUUGAAAGGCUCUUGAUCACUUUCAAUUCCUUGAGUGCACUACCAGCAGCCAGGAUGUCGGGGGCUUCAGUGAAGGUGGCUGUUCGUGUCCGGCCUUUCAACUCCCGAGAAACCAGCAAGGAGUCCAAAUGUAUCAUCCAGAUGCAAGGCAAUUCAACCAGUAUUAUCAACCCAAAGAAUCCUAAGGAAGCACCAAAGUCCUUCAGCUUUGACUACUCUUAUUGGUCCCACACAUCGCCUGAAGAUCCCUGCUUUGCAUCUCAGAGCCGUGUGUACAAUGAUAUUGGGAAGGAGAUGCUCCUGCAUGCCUUUGAGGGCUACAACGUGUGCAUCUUUGCCUAUGGCCAGACUGGAGCUGGGAAAUCCUACACCAUGAUGGGCAAACAGGAGGAGAGCCAAGCAGGCAUCAUUCCCCAGCUAUGUGAAGAGCUGUUUGAGAAAAUCAAUGACAACAGCAAUGAGGAAAUGUCGUAUUCUGUAGAGGUGAGUUACAUGGAGAUUUACUGUGAGAGAGUCAGAGACUUGUUGAACCCGAAGAACAAAGGGAAUUUGCGGGUGCGAGAACAUCCUCUCCUUGGACCCUACGUGGAAGAUCUGUCCAAGUUAGCAGUCACAUCUUACACAGACAUUGCAGACCUCAUGGAUGCUGGGAACAAAGCCAGGACUGUGGCAGCCACCAACAUGAAUGAAACCAGCAGCCGCUCUCAUGCUGUGUUUACAAUUGUCUUUACUCAGAAGAAACAUGACACAGAAACUGACCUUUCCACAGAGAAGGUCAGCAAGAUCAGCCUCGUGGAUCUGGCUGGGAGUGAGCGAGCUGACUCCACCGGUGCCAAAGGAACCCGGUUAAAGGAAGGAGCAAAUAUAAACAAGUCUCUCACAACUCUGGGCAAAGUUAUUUCAGCAUUGGCUGAAGUGGAUAACUGCACCAGUAAGAGCAAAAAGAAGAAGAAGACAGACUUUAUACCGUACAGGGAUUCUGUACUAACGUGGCUUCUUCGAGAAAAUCUAGGUGGUAACUCCAGAACUGCAAUGGUCGCUGCUCUCAGCCCAGCAGACAUAAACUAUGAUGAAACUUUGAGCACUUUAAGAUAUGCUGAUCGUGCAAAGCAGAUUAAAUGCAAUGCUGUUAUCAAUGAGGAUCCCAAUGCCAAGCUGGUGAGGGAGCUGAAGGAGGAGGUGACAAGGCUCAAGGAUCUCCUGCGUGCUCAAGGGCUGGGAGAUAUUAUUGACAUUGAUCCAAUGGGAGAUGAAUACUCUGGAAGUGGAGUCAAAUAUCUGAAAGAUUUUCAGAACAAUAAGCAUAGAUACUUGCUAGCCUCCGAGAAUCAACGUCCUGGCAAUUUUUCCACAGCCUCCAUGGGGUCCCUCACUGCAUCUCCAUCCUCCUGCUCUCUCAGUAGUCAGGUGGGCUUAACAUCUGUGUCCAGUAUACAGGAAAGAAUCAUGUCAACACCAGGAGGAGAAGAGGCCAUUGAACGUUUGAAGGAGUCUGAGAAGAUCAUUGCAGAGCUGAAUGAAACAUGGGAAGAGAAACUGAGGAAAACAGAGGCCAUUAGGAUGGAAAGGGAGGCAUUGUUGGCAGAAAUGGGCGUUGCCAUUCGGGAAGACGGAGGAACUCUGGGAGUCUUCUCACCCAAAAAGACUCCUCAUCUUGUAAACCUUAAUGAAGAUCCACUCAUGUCUGAAUGUCUGCUGUACUACAUCAAAGAUGGCAUUACAAGGGUUGGCCAGGCUGACGCGGAGCGGCGCCAGGACAUUGUGCUGAGCGGGGCGCACAUCAAGGAGGAGCACUGCGUGUUCCGCAGCGAGAGGAACAACAACGGCGAAGUUAUUGUUACUUUGGAGCCUUGUGAACGAUCAGAAACCUACGUGAAUGGCAAGAGGGUUGUGCAGCCUGUGCAGUUGCGCUCAGGAAAUCGUAUCAUCAUGGGUAAAAAUCAUGUCUUCAGAUUCAACCACCCAGAGCAAGCACGAGCAGAAAGAGAGAAAACACCAUCAGCUGAGACUCCCUCAGAGCCAGUUGACUGGACAUUUGCUCAGAGGGAGCUUCUGGAGAAACAGGGCAUUGACAUGAAGCAAGAGAUGGAGAAAAGAUUACAAGAAAUGGAGAUCUUAUAUAAGAAAGAGAAGGAGGAAGCUGAUCUCUUGUUGGAGCAGCAGAGACUGGACUAUGAGAGCAAACUGCAGGCCCUCCAGAAGCAGGUAGAGACACGGUCCUUGGCAGCUGAAACAACAGAGGAGGAGGAGGAGGAGGAGGAAGAAGUGCCCUGGACACGCCAUGAGUACGAACUCGCCCAGUGGGCUUUCAGGAAGUGGAAAUUCCACCAGUUCACUUCACUGAGGGACCAGCUCUGGGGAAAUGCAGUAUAUCUGAAGGAAGCCAAUGCAAUCAGCGUAGAGUUAAAGAAAAAGGUGCAGUUCCAGUUUGUCCUGCUCACGGACACCCUGUACUCCCCGCUGCCUCCGGAGCUCCUGCCCGCCGAGCCGGAGAAGGGCCGCGAGCGCCGGCCGUUGCCCCGCACCGUGGUGGCCGUGGAGGUGCAGGACCUGAAGAACGGAGCCACGCAUUACUGGUCCUUGGAAAAACUCAAGCAGAGGCUGGAGCUGAUGCGGGAGAUGUACGACCGGGCGGGGGAAGUGGCCUCCGGCAGCCAGGAGGAGCCCGAGGGCUCCAUGACGGGCAGCGACCCCUUCUACGACCGCUUCCACUGGUUCAAGCUCGUGGGCAGCUCCCCCAUAUUCCAUGGCUGCGUCAACGAGCGCCUGGCCGAUCGCACGCCCUCCCCCACUUUCUCCACGGCCGACUCCGACAUCACUGAGCUGGCAGAUGAGCAGCAGGAUGAGAUGGAGGACUUUGAUGAUGAGGCCUUUGUGGAUGACACUGGCUCCGACGUUGGGACUGAGGAGGGAUCAGACCUCUUCAAUGAUGGGCGCGACCCGUUUUACGACCGAUCCCCUUGGUUCAUUUUAGUGGGAAGAGCCUUCGUGUACCUGAGCAACCUGCUGUACCCAGUGCCCCUGAUCCACAGGGUGGCCGUGGUCAGCGAGAAGGGCGAAGUGCGGGGCUUCCUGCGCGUGGCUGUGCAGGCCAUAGCAGCUGAUGAAGAAGCCCCAGAUUAUGGAUCUGGUAUUCGACAAUCUGGCACAGCUAAAAUUUCAUUUGACAAUGAGUAUUUUGAUAAGAGUGACUUUUCUUCAGUUGCGAUGACUCGGUCUGGACUGUCACUGGAGGAGUUAAGGAUUGUGGAAGGGCAAGGACAGAAUUCAGAGGUUACCACUCCUCCAGAGGAGAUCAACAGAAUGAAUGAGCUGGAUUUGAAGUCAGCCACUUUGGAUGGAAAGAUGACUAUGGAAGGAUUCACGGAGGAAAUUGGUGAUCACCUGAAGCUGGGCAGUGUGUUUACCUUCCGUGUGACAGUGCUUCAGGCCAGUGGCAUCCUGCCCGAAUAUGCAGAUAUUUUCUGCCAGUUCAACUUUUUACAUCGACAUGAUGAAGCUUUCUCAACAGAACCUCUCAAAAACAAUGGCCGAGGGACUCCCCUUGGGUUUUACCAUGUUCAGAAUAUUGCUGUGGAAGUGACAGAAUCAUUUGUGGAGUACAUCAAAACAAAGCCUAUUGUCUUUGAAGUCUUUGGACAUUAUCAGCAGCAUCCUCUCCACCUGCAAGGACAGGAUCUCAACAGCCCUCCACAGCCUUCUCGAAGAUUCUUCCCUCCCCCUAUGCCACUGUCGAAGCCAGUGCCAGCUACAAAGCUGAAUACUAUGAGCAAGCCCAGCUUGGGCCAGAGUGUGAGCAAAUACGAUCUCCUGGUGUGGUUUGAGAUCAGUGAACUGGAGCCAACAGGGGAGUACAUCCCUGCUAUUGUGGAUCACACCGGGGGCCUGCCCUGCCAGGGGACCUUUCUGCUGCACCAGGGAAUCCAGCGGAGAAUCACAGUCACCAUUAUCCAUGAGAAGGGCAGUGAGCUGCACUGGAAGGAUGUGCGAGAGCUGGUGGUUGGGCGUAUAAGAAAUAAAGCAGAGGUAGAUGAAGCUGCUGUGGAUGCCAUUCUGUCUUUGAAUAUUAUCUCUGCAAAAUACCUGAAAUCCUCUCACAGCUCCAACAGGACUUUCUACCGGUUUGAGGCAGUUUGGGAUAGUUCCUUGCACAACUCCCUCCUCCUCAAUCGAGUGACGCCUUAUGGAGAGAAGAUCUACAUGACCCUUUCUGCCUACCUGGAGCUUGACCACUGCAUCCAGCCUGCUGUGAUCACAAAGGAUGUCUGCAUGGUGUUCUACUCGCGGGACGCCAAGAUCUCCCCGCCGCGCUCCCUGCGCAGCCUCUUCGGCAGCGGCUACUCCAAAUCCCCAGACUCCAAUCGAGUAACUGGGAUCUAUGAACUGAGUUUAUGCAAAAUGUCAGACACAGGAAGUCCAGGAAUGCAGAGGAGGAGGAGGAAAGUCCUGGAUACUUCUGUGGCAUAUGUGAGGGGCGAAGAGAACCUGGCAGGUUGGAGGCCCAGGGGGGACAGCCUCAUUCUAGAGCAUCAGUGGGAACUGGAGAAACUGGAGCUGCUGCAUGAGGUGGAAAAAACCCGACAUUUUCUUCUGCUUCGUGAGAAGCUUGGUGACAGCAUCCCCAAGUCCCUGAGUGACUCGUUGUCUCCCAGCCUGAGCAGUGGAACCCUCAGCACCUCCACCAGCAUUUCCUCUCAGAUUUCCACCACGACCUUCGAGAGCGCGGUGACGCCCAGCGAGAGCAGCGGCUACGACUCCGCGGACAUCGAGAGCCUGGUGGACCGGGAGAAGGAGCUGGCCACCAAGUGUCUGCAGCUUCUUACUCAUACCUUCAAUCGGGAAUUCAACCAGGUGUACAACAGCAUCAGCGAUUGUAAGCUCUCGGAUAUUUCUCCAAUUGGGCGGGACCCGUCCGUGUCCAGUUUCAGCAGUGCAACCCUCACCCCUUCAUCCACCUGCCCUUCUCUGGUGGAUUCCCGGUGCAAUUCAGUUGACCAGAAGACACCAGAAGCAAAUUCUCGUGCCUCCAGUCCCUGUCAUGAGGUGGAGCAGUUCCAGAUAAUUCCUGCAGUAGAAACUUCCUACCUUGCCAGAGCUGGAAAGAAUGAGUUCCUAAACCUUGUUCCUGAUAUUGAGGAAAUCAGACCAGGCUCUGUGGUGUCAAAGAAAGGAUACCUCCACUUCAAGGAGCCACUCUCCAGCUCCUGGGCCAAGCACUUUGUGGUGGUUCGCCGUCCCUAUGUUUUUAUUUACAACAGUGACAAAGAUCCUGUAGAAAGAGGAAUCAUAAACUUAUCCACAGCUCAGGUGGAAUACAGUGAGGAUCAACAGGCAAUGGUGAAGACACCCAACACAUUUGGAGUGUGCACAAAGCACCGUGGGGUCCUGCUCCAGGCCAUCAAUGACAAGGACAUGAACGACUGGUUAUACGCCUUCAAUCCUCUCCUGGCUGGCACCAUUCGGUCAAAGCUGGCUCGAAGACGCACGGGCCAGAUGAAAUACUGAGUCCAUGUAAUGUUCUCAUCUGUUCUCCCCACUCACCUUCCCAUAGAUAGUGUUACCUCUCAUUUUCUCUUUGUGAUUCUUGACAGUUUCUCUUGUAUGUAAUCCUGUGGCUUAACAUCCCCCACCUUCCCCACUCCUUCAGCACAUUUUCUAGGUAUUCUAACCCUACCUUGUUUCUUUUCACCUGUACCUGAAUUGUACUAGUAGCAUGUGGCCAAACAAAAAGAGAAAGAAAAAAAAAAUCAAAAAAAUCGAGUGAUUAUGCACGACUCUGAAAAGAAAAAAAAAAUUUCCUAUAACAAUUGUUUAUCCAUUUCAACUGACCUUUUGGUGUCUGUCCCACUGUCCACUGUCUGUCUAGACUGCUACAGGGUUUUCAUUCAAUUUGUGACUUGGCAGUGGUCAUUGGUUCCCUCAGGGCAAAGUUCCAAUGCCAGGGAAAGAUAAAUUGUUUAGUGGAGACAUUACCCAGCCAGGAACUGCAAUAGCUCCUCAGGCUUUCUGGAUCCAGCCUCGAAGUUAAACUCUGUUGAAAGCUGAUAUUGGACAAAUCUAUCUGGACAGACUGGAUUUUGGACUUUGUUUCUGAGUUUCCAGGGUCCAGCAGGCUAAGGCACGAGCUAGGAAAAGUUAGGGAACAAACCAGGAGGGGCUGGCUAGAACAAUCUGCUUUAAACUCUUGGUGUGGGGGUUGCAGGUGAACAGUGCUUGGGUUUAACUCUUUCCCAGAAGAGUUUCCAUCAACACACACUCCUCAGCCUCUGAACUGAGCUGAGCAGACUGUGCUGAUAUGAGGGGAAAUAGAGCACAGACUGAAAUAUGAGAUAAAAUCCCAAAAAUUUCAGAUACUCAAGCCAUGUAUUUGACAGAUGGGGAGUGUUAAAUAGAAAUGAAAGUUCCUGUCCCUGGAUCACCAUGGAGGGCAGAUCCCCUCUUCCUGCUUUUAGUCCUGACUGUUCUGCAGGAACAGUUAGUUCUCACCUGUCUGGGAAAGGGGUAGGACUGCCAUGGGUGUGUCAGGGUUGUUCCCAAGGGCCUGUUUGUGCAUCCCUAACCUGUAAUGCUCCCGUGUCACCCCACCUGUCUGUGGGAGCACCCAGGGUCUGUGGAACACUUCCUAGGCCCAGCACCUGCAGUGUUCUCAGGGAGCCACAGGACACUUUCAAUUCCUUUGGAAAUAACUGCUGAGUGUCUCCUAAUUUCCCUGCUGCAAUUUUCAUCAGCUAUACCCCACUGUACUCAGAGUUAACCCCUCUGGGGAAUAGAGCAAGUGGAUUCUGGUCCUGGUCAGUGGCAUGUCAUAACUGGCUCCUUGGACAUCAGCUGGGUGGUGUCAGUUCUUGACCUACAGUGUAAGUUCUUGUGGCCAAAGCUUUGGUCCUUGCCCCAAGGAAGAAGAGCAGAAUGAAUUUCCUUUUGGGGAAGUGAACUCCCCUCUCUCAGUCAGGUGUUGGGGAGGUUGGGGAUGCUGUGUGUUCUUUCCUGCUGUGUUAUCCUUUCUUGCUGUACCCAGGGCACUGGUAGGGCUGGCUGUGGCCCUGGGCAGUGUAAAGGGAGAGGUGAGAGGGUUUGUCCCACUCUUGCAGAAGGCACAGCAGGCACGGUGCAGCCCAGUAGGCUCAGUUGGGGUUCAGGCCAUCAGCCGGGCAGGCCACGCCUGCGUGGGACUGGAAUGUGCUGAGAAAGGGCUUUGCUGUGUGGGGCCUCAUCGUCCAGAGCAGCUCAGGGCACAGGGAGACCUCCUGGCAGCCUGGAAGGCAGAGGAGCAGGGAGAUGGAGCUGACACUUGCUAGGACAUACCUUUACAUAUCUCGAGGUAGUUCUCAAGCUAACUCAUAUGCUCAUGCUGUCUCUGUGGUCCUCAGAUUUAUUUCAGAACUGGAAGCCAGAGUGAGGGAGCAUCCUGGGGACCCAGGAACAUGACAGGGAUAGGGUUUUGGGGUUUUUUGGGUUUUUUUUCCCUUUUGUUUUUGUCUUGUUUAACUGUGUGUGACUCUUAAUACAGUGAUGAUAUUCCUUUGUUAUGCAAUGAUGAUAAAGCACUUCCAGUGUGUGGAUAAAACUGCUUGUCCUGCAGGAGGGCUCCUCACACUGCACCUAAGCUGAUCUCAAGAAUUAGGUUAACUCUAAGCAUUAAGUUAUUGCUGCCAUCACCACUGUUUAUAAUGACAGUGGAACCUGUUUGAGGAGGCAGAGUGAUUGAGGUGGGGGUAGGUUGUGACACACUGAGAUCAUUUUAACUUUUAUCUGUUUCUUUUUUUUAACUAGAAGAAAACUAGUUUUCUAAGUCUUUGCUUUGGAUAAGCCAGAGAAUGAACCAUGUGGUUAUAGGCAUUGCACAAACUCAUGAUAAAGGGAUCUUCAUUUAAAAGCAGGAUGAGACAGAUGCUUAUCUUACAGAGAGCUUGAAGUGUUACAGUUGUUGCACAAAUGUCACUCUUCUGUCUUAAAACUCCAAGCAAAUUCUGGUGACUUGAGGUCUGAGUGGAUAAUGGAUCAUCAGAAGACCAAAAGUCUGGUUUUAAGCAUCAGCAUCUCUUAAAGCUGCAUAAUCUGUAACGAACUAGGUCCUUGUUGUGUGGAGUUCAAAUGGGCAUUACUGUUUUCAGGUCUGACAUAAAGGCAGACAAAGUUUUUCUGCAAUUACUGAGGCCUGCUUUGAGACAUUGGGGUUUUCCUACUUAAAACUGGACUGAAACCAGUCCGAGUUUUCUUUAAAGAGAUAACAAACCAAACAAAUAAACAAAAAACGUGAAUUUCCAUUCACUUCAAAGCUUAGCCCAACAUGUUAGAAAUUUCUUUUUGGAAACAGAAUGAGGAAGGUAAAAUAUGCUAAGUUGCCUUCUCCUGACACUCCAAAGCCCAUUCUUGGUUACCUGCUGUGUGUGUGGAGUCCCAGAGUCAGACAGCUCUGGGGACUCAGCCUCUGUAGAGGAGGCAUCCUGCUGUGGGCCUGCCAGCCCGUGAGGACACACACUAGCAGGGGGCUUGGUGGGCAUUCCCUGGGAGGAACGAGUGUCAAACCAUGCUGUAUUUGGGUGUUUAUGAUCCUUGCCAAAAGGAAGGAGAAAACUGUCCUUUUUGUCCAUUGAAAAUUAUGUUGGAUCUUCCUGAGUAUUGUAAAAUUAAGCUAAACCUCCUAUACUGUGUUUUAGAAAUGCACUUUAAGUACCUUUUUAAAGAAGAUUCCUGUAUUCUGGGAAUACAGAAGAGAAGGGAGUACUAUUUCCAGAGAGUAUGAUUUCCAGACUGCCAAGAAAAGGUUUUUUGUGUCAAUGUCUAAUAGUCCUUAUUACUGAUUAGCAUGGUAUUUCAAAGCAAAGACUUUACUUUUUGCUGCUUGUUAUCUAAUUUACAGGGAUUUAAUUUUAUGUAAUGUAUUGUAUAUUUAUACAUCUGUAAUUAAUUGCACAUUAGAUAAGAAAGAGGAUUAGCUUCGGUCUAACACCCACUGGUACUAAACAGCCUGUGCACGUGGAUCUGCCUGUACCCCUGCACACCCGAGCUGGUGGCAGCUGAUGCUGUGGUGGGUGUUGUGCUGAAGGUGAGCUGUGACCUGCUGCUGGAGGAGGAAGGGUCCUGCUGCUGCUCGGGGGGGCUUUGCUGGCUGUCCCUGCAGAUGGCGCCGACGUGUGCGUUGCAUCUCUCCGUGGUAGUCACUAACCCAGUCUGUGGUCUGGCUGUAGUGUCUGUAGCAGGAUGUAUUAACUUCGUGCUUCCUUGUUUCAAAACAUCAGCUGUUCAAGAGCAGGACUGACUUUUGUUCAGAAGGCCAUUUAUGUGUUCAAUGUAUUUGAAAUCAAAACUAGUCCAACACUUACCAGAUGAUUGUGUCCAAUGUCAUUGGGAACAGGAUUGAAAUUGCUGGGAUCAGCUGUGUAUUCAGAAAACUGGUGUGGAGCUCCUAAGUCUUCAAUUCUUAAUGUUGCCAAGUGAAUGGGCUGCCCCUGAGCAGUGCUGAAUUUACCUCCUGCUUGCCUGGAAACCAGGGACUGGAAGCAGAGGAAGUCUUGAAUGAUCAGCACUUCCCAGGAUCAGGUCUGAAUUUUCCACUUUGCUUGUUCACAUUUCAUGUGCGGUUGGUUACGGCUCCCGAAUUUGGACAUCAGACAUGCUGUUCACUGGAAUACAACCCCUGGAAUUGCGGUCCCCAUGUCCCUGUUAAUCUCUCUGUACACAAGGUAUACAAGGUAAAUGCUGUAUAAGUGGCCUUCUUGAACAAAUCUCUUUGCAAACUGAUUUCAUCCCAGCGAAGGAGUGUAUCAGCAACACUGUACAUUAAUUUCAGGUUUUCAUUUUCUUAUUUUAUUUUGUAAAUAUAUCUGAUAUUUGGAGCUUGAGUAUACAAAAUGUAAAUAUAGUUCAUGUAUUUGUACUAAUUCUGAUCCAUUUGCUGUAUAGCCUUAGGUGUGCAAUGCAGAUAUCUAACUGUGUAUGGUAACCUUGCACCACUGAAUUGUUAGUGAACGAGGUGAAACAAUAAAGGUACAACCAGUGCAUUAGCAGAUAGAA